AUAUAUAAUAAAUAAUAAGAACACGUGCGCAGAUGAAUUAAUGUAAAGAUUACGGAGGAAAUGGUUUUAGGAUUUUUUUACUGGUUAAACUUUAGCACAUCGGGGAAAAUCCGCCCACAUCAAAAAUAUAAAAACACAAACAAGAAAGUGGUUAUAUUAGUGGUAUAACUGCAGCGAGCAGUUUAUUUGUGUCUCGUAAGAGCGACAACAGGUUGUUUUUCGGCAAAACUUUUAUUGUGAAACAUUUCCAGCAGCGGCGCCUAAGGGAUUAGGAUUUCAACGUUACCGCUGUCAAUGAUCUUUUCUCAUUUUAGUUCACGUUUACGUCUUCGUCUUUUGGGGUUUGGUUAGUCUGGUAUUUAGUUACUUGCUCAUAUCGAUUAAAGUGACAUGUCUUCCAAAUAUGCAAGAUAGAAACGCUGUUAGAAUAACUGUCAGCAGGUCUCCAACACCGACAUGAAGCUCUUCAGCCUCAGCAUCCUUUAUAAAGACACGGACAAGGCCGUCCUUCUUAAAGCAGCAUAUGACUUGUCCUCCUUCGGUUUUUUCCAGAAAUCCAGUGUGCAGGAGUUCAUGACGUUCACCAGCGCCCUGGUGGUAGAGCGCAGCUCACACGGGAGUCGGGCUUCUGUCACGGAGCAAGAAUACCUGUGUCACGUGUACGUGCGGAACGACUGCCUCAGCGGGGUCGUCAUCGCGGACAGCGAGUAUCCUCAGCGAGUGUGCUUCACUCUGCUUGAUAAGGUGCUGGAUGAGUUCACCACGCAGGUAGACAGCUUAGACUGGCCAGCCGGGUCCCCAGGCACAAUUCGAUAUGCAGCCCUGGACAGUUAUCUUGCAAAAUACCAAAAUCCCCGGGAGGCUGAUGCAUUAACUAAAGUGCAGGCUGAGCUGGAUGAAACCAAAGUAAUUCUGAACAAGACGAUGGACUCACUGCUGGAGAGAGGAGAGAAGCUGGAUGAUCUGGUGGCCAAGUCAGAGCAUUUGGGAUCCCAGUCCAAAGCCUUCUAUAAGACGGCCAAGAAGCACAACUCAUGCUGUAAAAUGAUGUGAUGCUGCAUUCGGGCUUCUCCUUUAUCCGCGGAAGGGCUGGAGACGAGCCGAGAGCCGCGACUGAGGUCGGACGGUGUUAGGCGUUUGCCCUUCCAGUGGCGCCUGGCAAGUGAUGGGUUGGGGGUUGCAGCUAAUAUUUUAAUUAGUAAAACCGUUCAGAAUGGUUCUGAGAUUCUCUUCUGGAUUCUUUCAUAUUUGUGUGUUUUUUUUUUUUUAUUUUUUUUUUUAAGUUUUGAACAAUUUCUGAAAUAUAAGAAUACUGUCUGUAUCUGCUUCAGUUGACUUUUAUGGGUGUUGUGGUGAUAAAAUUUUGCUGUUUAGCUGGUCGUGGUUUAACCUGAAGCCUUAAAAUGUUACACUAAGAAGCUAACCAAGCGUUAGCCUGACGCGCAGUUGCCGGAGUACUUCUAAACUGUUGUUAAUUUCUGUACCUGCAGAUGGCGCCAAAGCCCCAUCUGACGCCUGUGUUUUGCGCAGUAUCUCCCUCAAUCACUCUAGUGUCAUUCAGUGGUCAUUUGUAUAUGUACUCUGACGUUUACACUGGCAUUCCAGUCUAAAACUCAGAUGUCAGGAUUAAGGGCUGUGUUUUUCGCUGUAAUCCAGCAUUUCUCAAUUUUCAGCAGGGUACAGCUUCUGUAAUCAUUCUUCUGACUGCAGGAAAAGUAGGUCUUAUUUGUUUGAAAUGCACUAAAAGUAGAAUAAUUGUUUGCUUUUGCAGGGUGGUUUAUUAUUAUUGGGCUCAGCAGGUUUCUUAAUGCAGAGUGUAUUCUUGUAAUCAUACUGCUUUGAAACAUUCUGAGUUCGGAGUAUUCACCUGCUGAAUCAAUAUUCGUUUAUUAAAAAUAAUUGCUCUCUAUAAACCAUUAUUUCCGAACUCAGUCCGUGGUGACUCCUAAACAGUCCGUAUUUUGCUCUCUCUCAGCUCUCACCACACCUAUAUCAGGGAGUUAGUGUUAUUGAUUAGCUGGGAGCUAGGAGGGAGCAAAAAUGUGAACUGUCUGGGGGGCCCUUGGGACUGGAUUGGGUAACAUUGCUAUUGAGUACAUAGUCAUCCGUCUGGGUGAAUGUAGGUAGCACAUCCCUCUGCAGGUAUCUUGUCUGGGAUCCUGCUUUAGUUACUGCCAAAGGUCUUUGCUCCAUUUGUCUUUCCCCUGAUGCUGCUUCCAUCCCCUGCAGUGGUUUUCAUGAACUCUGCUUCUUCACUGUUACAUGGGAGAUGGUGCAGUGAUGCUGAAAUAACUUUGUAUUUAGUAAUGCAAUGAUAGUUUUGUCAGUAUUCCAGUUAUGUAGCUACACUGUCAGAAAAAAGGGUGCAGGCCUGGUACAAUUUUGUCCGCCAAGGUACAAACAACAUUAACGUACCCUCAGUGGUACAAAAAAUGUUCCUCUUAGUCUAUUUCUGUACCUUAAAUUUGACUAAAAGGUAGUAUAUUUACCCACAGUUAGGGUACAAUUGGCAGAUCCUUGAGGAUACUUUAUUUUCUGACAAUGAAUGGUUAUUCAAAUACUUGUAUUACUCAAAGCCUCUUGUCUAAAAUUUCUGUAGAGAACAGGACAGGGCUCUCCAACUCCGGUCUUGGAGAGCUACAGUCCAGUAGGUUUUCUAUCCUACCUGGGUUCUGAAGAGCCACAGAUAAAUGCCAGGAACAGGUGUGGCUGCCCACCAGAAGCCAGGGAGAAUACUGGUGAACAGUGAACCUACUGGAUAGUAGCUCUCCAGGACCAGAGUUUGAGACUCCUGGUCCAGGAUGACUUUGAUUAAGAGGACCUGUAAACCUUUGUGCAUCCAUGCAGGUUAUUGCAUGCUGUAAUUAAAUCAUGUAUGUGAAUUACAUGGGUUGCUACAAGGUGAAUCCUUAGAGUCAUAUCAAUGCAAACUGUCAGAGGUGGCAAUUUCAGGUCCAGAAAGUAAAAAUCCAGACCAUGAUUUACUUUCAACCAACCAGCUGAGCAUAAAGAGGCACAGUCACAGAGUACUAAACUGGUUGGUUGAAAGUAAACCAUGGUCUGGAUUUUUACUUUCUGGACCUGAAAUUGGCACCUCUGCAAACUGUUAUGUUGAAAUCGUCUUUACCUGGAAAUAUCCGUGCACCUUUUGCUCAACAAAUUGCGACAGGAACUUCUUGUUAUACAGUAUUGAUUUCAGCUAGAUACCGUUAAGUUGUGUAAAUCACUACUAAACAGUAUUGAACCAAAUACUUUAAUUAAGGUAUAUUAAAAACACUUUGACAUAUAGAUGUCUAUAGAAUUGGUAUUCUAUUAAAUGAUGUAUAUAGGGAAGUCUUAAAAUAAAUUAUAAAAAUGUUUUUGUGAUUUAUCUGUGUGUUAAUGCACUUUUGAUCUUGAUCUGUAAUAUUGUGGUCUAUCUAUUCUUUGUCUUAUUACUUUUGUUUCCAGCAGACCAAACAUGAAAUAUAUUGUUGUUUUUCAUUUUGUGGCCUUGAUGGAGAGCAGUUGUGUGCUUUGGUUAAAUAACUCUCCAAGUGCCUUUGGAGUUUGUCUCUUAGUUGCUUUUUUUGCUGAAACCUGGAACUGUUAAGGAUAGCUUUAUAAAUACCGUAAAAGUUUCACUUUGCAAUAUUUCAUGAAUUUAAUGUCUACCAAUCGAGACUACUGUGGUAAUAAAAAUGCACUACACACCUUUUCAUCAGUCCUUUAGUCUUGUAAUCUGAAUGAAAUGUCACACUUUAGACUGAGGUGACAUUGAUGUACUACUGAGAUCUUGUGGUUCUGUGUAACAGUGAAUAGUUUGUUGGACUUGGUCGAACGCUCCUUUAAGUGGUUCUUUGAGUUUCCAAUAAAAUUUGGUUUGAAAAGUAAA